GCGGGCAGACCGAUUGCCAACCUUCACUGCGGACACAGGCCGCCGGUGCUCAGCGCCUCCGUGUUUCUGAAAGCAACACCCUGCUGCGCAAGCGCCCGCACCGCGCAAGGUGUUUGCUGACGACGUCUGUGCUGUGUGGACAUGGCGGCGGGGCGCCCGACCGGCCUGGACGCACUGGCGGGAGGCGUCGGCGACCCGCCACAGGCGGGCAGUGCACGGCUCCUUCCCUGCACCAUUCUCAGCGGGUUCCUUGGCUCCGGCAAGACCAGUCUAUUAACGCACAUCCUGCGCAACAAGCAGGGGCUCAGGUGUGCAGUGAUCGUGAACGACAUGGCGGAGCUCAACAUUGAUGCGAGCCUGGUAAAGAAUGCGGCGUUGGUGCAGGCGGAGGAGCGACUGGUGGAGAUGAGCAAUGGCUGCAUUUGUUGCACACUGCGGGAGGACCUGGCGGUGGAGGUGGGCCGCUUGGCGGCUGCCCGCCGCUACGACUACUGCAUCAUCGAGAGCACCGGCAUUGGGGAGCCCAUGCAGGUGGCUGAGACGUUUGCCAUGGCGACAGGGGAGGGUGGGUACGUGCUGGCCGAUAGCGCGCGCCUAGACACCACUGUAACGGUGGUAGACGCUGCCAACCUCAUGGCCAAUUUUGCCAGCGUGGAGAGCCUUCGCGAUCGUGGCGAGCAGGCUGACGAGGAGGAUGAGCGCGGCGUGGCAGAGCUACUUCUGGACCAGAUUGAGUUUGCGGAUGUGGUCCUUCUCAACAAGGUGGACCUGGUGUCGGCAGAGGAGCAGCGGCGGUUGCUGGGCUUGUUGCACACUCUCAACCCGGGGGCAGACGUCAUCCCUACUCAACAUGCACGAGUUCCAUUGACAGCCGUUAUCAACACCGGGCGGUUCAGCAUGGAGAAGGCGGCACGGAGCGCAGGCUGGCUCAAGACAUUGCAGGACGGUUUCACUCCCGAGACAGAGGAGUAUGAUAUCAGCAGCAUUGUCUACAGGGCACGCCGUCCCUUCCAUCCCGCUCGCCUCCACGAUUUCCUCAACCGCCACUUUGUACUGCAAGAGCCCGACUGGUCCGAGGCGCUGGCCGCAGAGCAGGAGCGCAACCAACCGCUCGCGCAUUGCGAUGGAUGCCAGGACCGCGACCACAGCCAUGUGUUUCGUGGCAGGCAUGACAGCCGCAGCCAUUUGGAGGCAUCCCAGCUGGCGGGUCCAGUGCAGCAGGCGGUCCUGCAGGCAUCUCAGGCAUCCCAGCAGGCAGCAGCGGCUCUGCAGAGCGUGGUGCAGCACCACGCGGCGCUGGGCAGUGGCACGACCAUCCAGCAGCAGGCGCUGCUGGCGACUGUGGCUGCUGCUACCUCGGCAGCAGCUGCGGCUUCCAGUGCAGCAGCUCUGUUACUGUCACAGCUGCAGCUUGGCAACAGUGGUGAUGGUGUGGCUGCUGCCCUGGACGCUCCUUGCACCCAUGGCUCGCAAGAGGCGCCGGCGCAGCACCACCGUGGUGGGCAGCCAUCAGUUUCAGCGGCAGAGGCACAGCAGCGGCAGGCACUGCUGACAGCCACCUGCGGCCAGCUGCUGCGCUCCAAGGGCUUUGUGUGGCUGGCCACUAGGCCCAACCUGUGCGGCGAAUGGAGCCAGGCUGGUGGCAUCCUGCGCCUGGGCAUGGGCGGACCCUGGUAUGCAGCACUGCCAGACGAGGCGUGGCCGCAGGAGGAAGAGCAUCGGCAGGCAGUCCUCAAAGACUUCCAGGGGCAGCAUGGCGAUCGCAGGCAGGAGCUGGUGCUGAUUGGUGUCCACCUGAAUGGCAAGGCCCUGACUGCGGCACUUGAUGGCUGCCUGUGCUCGGAGUGCGAGAUGCGGGCGGCGACAGCUUGGCAGCUGGUCGACCCAUUUGCAGAGUGGCCCACGCUGCAGCAGGUGUUGGAUGGGGGCCAGGAUGAAGAGCAGGAGGAGGAAGACGCAGUGGAGGAGCUGGAAAGCGCUGAGGGCAUCAUGCCCUGCCCUCAGCCAGGGGCUGUGCACGACGUUACCUGCGGCGCUGCGGAGCUGCAGCAAUGUUUUAAUGGGCUGGUGGCCCAACGGGCAGCAGAGCAGGGAGCAGGGCCAGCACCAGCACCGGCGCUGGGCGUGGUCAGCUGGCACGCAGACUGGUGCGAGCCGUGCCGGCAGGCGGCAGCAGCAUUGUGCCUGAUGGCAGUGCAGCACCAUGCUGUCGCUUUCUUCACCCUGGAUGUCGAGGCCUCCUCCGCCAAUUCGGCUUUUGCUCUAGAGAAGGUGCUGCGCAAGGCAGAGUCGCGGCGAGCGGGGGCUAAGCCCCUCCUGAAGAGCCACGACAAGUUGCCCUGCAUUACGUUGCACUACCUGCCAAGUCUGCAGCCGGUAGCCAUGCUGGCCGGGCCCACCGCAGUGGAGCAGCUGAAGCAGGCGCUGCUGGAGCAUGCUUGCAGGCAGCCAGUAACGCCAGCAGCAGCACUGCAAGCAACAGUGCAAGCUGCCACUGGUCCGGGGAGCAGCGACGGCCAGCAGCAGUCUGCCGCAGCAACUGCUGCAGCAGAGCCCAGCAAGCUGGUGGUGCUAAAAAAGGGUGCAACAGAGGCCAAGGAGCUACUGGCGGCAGGCAGGGCCCGUGGCACACCAGUACUGGUGGUGUGGACGCAGAGCAACGCUGCCAACGAGGAGGUUGCGGCCGGCGCGGCAGCACUGCUUGCAGCUGCUGCUGAGGCGGUCACUACUACACACGGCCUGGUGCUGGUGGAUGCCGAUGCCGCCGCCUCCAAAGCCAAUGAGCUGCUGGCAGGGGCGCUCAGAGUGCGGUCCUUCCCUGAAGUCCAUGUGUAUUGCAGUAUGAAGCUCGACAGCAAGCUUACGGGUACCUCCGCCACCCCUGCCAAACUGCUUCGCCUCGCGGCUCAACUUAUGGUGGGCGCUGCAAGGAUUGGAGGCAGCAGCAGCAAUGGCAGCAUCCCCCCUUUGCCUGUUGGUGCCACGGCUGCGGUGCUGCUGCCACCAGCCCCUGCAAUGGCAGCGCCUGGACCCUUCGACCCGCCCGCAUCCAAGUUUGCCAAGCCGGGUGCCACCAAACGCUUCUCUGAUGGUAGACUGGGCCACUUCUUUCCCAAGAUGCCCUGCCUCAGAUGCGGCUGCCCCUGGUGGACCAACGAAGAUUGGGAUGCGCGCUGCCUGCGCUGCGGGUGGGAUUGUGAAAGGUCCGGGUAUGACGACAACAGUCAGCCGCUGCCCAAGCACCGCGCUAAGUGGGAACACUUCGUUGCGGCCAUACGGGCGGGGCAUGUACCCGCCUGGGCUGGCAAGGCCAAGAAUUAGCACAUUGGUCCUUCCUACUGUACAUGCUGUCCAUAUUCUUGCGAUUGUGGCUGCCACAGAAAAAGGAAGCUUAAAAUAGACCGGC